AGUUUGAAACGCUAUUGUCCGCCGAUUAGGUUUUCUUCACUGCUGUCCCUUGACGAUUAGGUUUUCUUCGCUACUGUCCGCCGCCUUCGGCCCUUCUCCUUUGUCUCCGUUGCCGUCUCCGCUGAUCUUGAGUUUCGAUUCGGAGUUCCUGACCGCCUAUUCCGAGUUCCCCUCGGUCUUCGUCCACGUGGAAGUGGUUGAUGCAAUCAAGUUUUGAGCUUCAACUAUGCUUUCGGGUGACAACUUGUUAUGCAAAUCGCACUAUGACAUUCUAGGUGUCAGAGAAGAUGCAAACUAUGAAGAGAUCCGCACAAGCUAUCGGUUAGCCAUCCUUAAUUCCCAUCCGGACAAAUUGAGAACACCUGAAGAUUCGUCUGCAGACCAUGAAUCUGGAUCUAGAUUUCUGGAAGUGCAGAGAGCCUGGGAAAUCCUCAGCAACCCGAAGUUGCGGGCAGCUUACCAUAGUGAACUACAAGCACUGAGGCAGGAUUUUGUUGCUGCAGAAGACGUUUGUUUGGAAGAUAUGAUAGUUGACGUUACGGGCGAAGUUGUGGAGCUCUUCUGCCAGUGCCGGUGUGGUGACUACUACUCUAUUGAUUCUGCGGAGUUGGGAGAGAUGGGAUAUAGGCUAGUGAGAGAUGGAAGUAAUAUAUCUUUAAACAAUGGUGAUGCUCUAUCAUCAUCAGUUCUCCUUUCUUGUGGUUCCUGCUCUCUGCAAGUUCGUUUGUUGAUUAAUGGGGAAAUUGUUCUUAAUAGUACCGAUCCUCUGUAAUGCAGAUGUAAUGGUUUUGGUUUUGGUUAAAUUUUUUGAAAUAGCAGUCUCGGUGUCUUCAGGCUUUACCUUUCAAUAUAGUAACAACAAAUCUACCACCUGAAAAGGCAUUGAAUUGGAUGUUGGUACUUUGCCAAAGUUUCAACUAUUUUCAAUUCAUAAUUUAAGGGCAUU